AGAGAAUUUCUAUUUGCAAAUUGCUGGAAAUUUUACAUAACACAUGCAAGAAAUUAAAUUUUACAUAAUAUUUACGUAACAGAGCGAGUCUCAUAACAGUGUGUGGGGAUGAAAAAGAGACCCCAAGAAAAGGAGAGUGAAAACUAGGUUUGAAAAUUUCACGAGUUAACUGAAAAAAUGCUUUCAUUCUCAAAACUUUCGUUUUCUUAUGCAAAUAACAAAGAUGAAAAGUAUGAUGAGGGAAAAAUCAUCAAAAUAAUUGUAGAAAAGAGAAAAAUAAGAAAAAUAUGGACUAAAAUUUCAUGAAACUUUUCUCACAAAAAUCGGUGAGACGAAAAUAUUCACUUCUAACCUCGAAGUAGUGUCGGGAUGAUUUUGCUGAGCUCCAUAGUCAAAUGCCGGAAAGCUGUAGUGUUUAGCCUAAGGAGAUGCCUUCCUACUCCUGGCCGUCUUUACUGCACCCGCCCUUACGACCUGAACACAAACGUGGCCAAAGAUGUGAUCAUCUUUAAAUAUGAGAACCCCAAGUUCUUUCGCUACCUCAACAUCUUCGCCGUGGGGCAGUUCUUUUUCUGGAACUACCUGUCCCAUUUCGCCUUCACCACCCUCCGCGAUGCCCCAGUGGACCGGAACACCUCUGAGGACUUGCCUUUCUGGCGUCGAGUGAACCUGGGCGACAACAAGUUCCGGAACACGCUGACUGUGCUAUGCUUUGGCAUCGGAUGGAGUGUCCUAGCCAUCGGUUGGAUGUACACACUGCGAUCUGUGCGGUUCCUGGUGCUGAGGAAGGGUGGCCAGAGUGUAUCUCUGGUGACUUAUACGCCGUUCGGUAUCAGCAAUAGAAUCAUGACUGUGCCGCUGAAUUGCAUCUCAGCUGUACAGUCCCGGCAAGCAGCAAGAGUCAAUCUUCCGCUAAAAGUGAAAAACAAAUCCUUCUUCUACAUCCUGGACAAGAGAGGAACCUUCACCAAUUCCAAGUUAUUCGACUACACUGCAGGUCUCAAAAGGAACCUGAGUUAA